AUGCCCACUGAAGGCGAGCUCAACACACUAAGGUUUUUCCAUUACUAUCCCAAUAUACCUCUGGCAAUUGUCUCUCUUGUCGUAUACAUUCUACUAUCUGUUGCUCUUUUGGCUCGUGUAUACGUUACAAAAAGUCGAAACUUUCUGUAUAUUCUGGGGAUAACUGGCUUGAUGGAGAGUGUAGGAUACAUAUUUCGGCUAGUAUCUGCAAGAAACACAACCUUGGGCACUUACAUUGGCAUGAGCUUGUUCUUGCUCUUGCCUCCAAAUGCUCUUGCGUUGGUUAACUAUAAGGCUACCGGUGAAAUGAUUCGACUGUCUGGUGUUCCUCCCUCUCGCUUCUGGCUCAAGCCCAAGUUUGUUACAUGGUUCUUCUUUUCUAGUGAUGUCUUUGCUUUUCUUCUUCAAGGAUCUGGUGGUGGACUUCAAGCUAUGAGUGCUAGAAUGGCUUCUAUAGGAAAAACCAUCACUCUUGUUGGAUUAAUUGUCCAGUUGUUUUUCUUUGCCUCUUUUGCUCUCAUCACAAUUCAUGUUCACCGUAGUCCCAAGUAUCAAUAUACAGUAGUAGGCCAAGCAAACCCCAAGAGAAAGCUGUCCAUUUGUCUUUACAUCACUUUAAUAUUGCUCUAUAUCCGUUCUAUCUAUCGUAUUGCAGAAUACGCCGGUGGAUACGAUGGUGUCAUUGCAACUACUGAAUGGGCAUUCUAUGUAUUUGAUACUCUUAUCAUCGCCAUUGCUUUCGUGGUUUACUAUAUCAUCUUUAUUGGAAACUACCUACCAAAACGCAAUGAAGAGGAAGUGCAAGCAAGAUCUACUCGAGUAAAUUCAUCAUCAUCAAGUAUAGACAUCAAUCACGUUGAACGAGGCGAGAAUCCGGAAGGAAUGAUGUUAUACCAAGUGAAGAAGUAG